AGUUGAACAGUUCCCACUGUUCUUGGGUUCCUGCAGGGCCAGGAUGGGUCUCAUUCUCUCCUGUGGACCCCAAACCUGCCACAGUGCCUGGAAGUCAGCAUUGUGGGAGAGGCGUACCUAAUCCAUAAAUGGUGAUGGGUGAGUGACUAAAUGGAUCAGAGCCUCUGCACAGUCCUUGCUGGGGUAUGGCCGUCAAUGUGUACUCCACAUCUGUGACCAGUGAAAAUCUGAGUCGCCAUGAUAUGCUCGCGUGGGUCAAUGACUCCCUGCACCUCAACUAUACCAAGAUAGAACAGCUCUGUUCAGGGGCAGCCUACUGCCAGUUCAUGGACAUGCUCUUCCCUGGCUGUGUGCAUUUGAGGAAGGUCAAGUUCCAAGCCAAACUAGAACAUGAAUACAUCCACAACUUCAAGGUGCUGCAAGCAGCUUUCAAGAAGAUGGGUGUUGACAAAAUCAUUCCUGUAGAGAAAUUAGUGAAAGGAAAAUUCCAAGAUAAUUUUGAGUUUAUUCAGUGGUUUAAGAAAUUCUUUGACGCAAACUAUGAUGGGAAGGAUUACAACCCUCUGCUGGCACGGCAGGGCCAGGACGUAGCGCCACCUCCUAACCCAGGUGAUCAGAUCUUCAACAAAUCCAAGAAACUCAUUGGCACAGCAGUUCCACAGAGAACGUCCCCCACAGGGCCCAAGAACAUGCAGACCUCUGGCCGACUGAGCAACGUGGCCCCACCCUGUAUCCUCCGGAAGAAUCCCCCAUCAGCCCGGAAUGGCGGCCAUGAGACGGAUGCCCAGAUUCUUGAACUCAACCAGCAGCUCCUGGACUUAAAGCUGACAGUGGAUGGGCUGGAGAAGGAACGUGACUUCUACUUCAGCAAACUUCGUGACAUCGAGCUCAUCUGCCAAGAACAUGAAAGUGAAAACAGCCCUGUUAUCUCGGGCAUCAUUGGCAUUCUCUAUGCCACUGAGGAGGGAUUUGCACCCCCUGAGGAUGAUGAGAUUGAAGAACAGCAACAGGAAGACCAGGACGAGUACUGAGGGCGGCUUGACUGCACGGCACCCCCGUGCAUCCCCUCCCCACGCCACCCCCACAUUAUAACCCCUUCCUUCCAGCCAGUUGGCCUGUGGGUGCUUUGUGUCAGUGCCCCAGCAGGGGGGAGCCGGGCAAGCAGGGCUGGGGAGGUUUGGGGCAGGUGAGCAAGCAGAGGCCCAUUCAGGUCCUCCAAGUGGCACUGGCCCCGGGGGAACAGGACCCUUGCCCAUUCCCCGCCCCUAUUUAUUUCCGUUGUCUCUAUGCUGUGUCGGCCAACACUUCCCAGGGUGCUGCUGCCACCCGACAGCCAGCAGCUGUAUAUUUGACAAAGUCAUUGGUAUAUUUUUACUUACUGGAUUGUCCUUGCACUUUACCUGUUCUUUUCCAGGGCUGACAGCAGGGCUGGGGCAGCGUGCCUGGCUUGGCUCCCCUUCCCCAGGGCCAAGGCCAGGGCAGGACUCACCAAUCCUUUAUUUAUUUUAUUUUUUGACUUCCUACUAGUUGAUGGGAGGGCUGGUGUCAGGAGAGGGAGAGGGGCUGAGGAGGCGGUGCUGUGGGCAUAGGGGUCAGAGAGAGGGAGGGGAGCAUGCAAGGGACAGAAAUGGCCUCCUGGCACUAGGCUCGCCCGCCUGAGACCCCUGCCCCAGCACCAAAGCCCCAGCACUGCCCCCAAGGCCCCAGCUACUCCCUCCUGAAGCCUGGUUCACACCACACAGACCCUGCCUGGCCCCCCACUGUCCGUCUGCCCCCAUCACCCACCUCAAACCCCUGCCCCUCAGGCACCAGCCUACAUAUGUGUCCACUUUUAUUUAAAUAAACUUGUGUGGUAAAAGUC